AUGAUUCUUGAUGUUGAGGAGAUGAAAUCACAAGAGUUGCAUUUACUCAAUCUCCCUCGCGAGAUCAGAGAUACCAUUUACGAUGUUAUGUUCGUGGUCGAUGGCCCACUGUAUCCGAGCAAGGAACGAGCAGGCGUGGCGGAUUACAUCUCACUUCUUCGAACGAAUCGUCAAGUCUACACUGAAGUUGUAGAAGUUCUCUACGGGCGUAACAUGUUUCAGAUCCGAGGAACUCCAGCCUGGACAGCACCGGAGUUCCUCAAUCUUCUCAGCAGCCAGCGAAGAGAUGGAUUCCUCAGACCUUCUCAAUGGGCCGUUGAUAUGAGCAAGGUCUGCCUAGCACGCCACUACCUCAAGAGACUGUACAUUCCGUCACACAACAUCAACCUCGAUCGGCUCAAGCAUCUCAUCUCACUGCUCAAGUACUUCCCAAAUCUGGAGUACUUGCAAGUCAUCUACAACGGUUCCUUCGGAGUUAAGGACAUGGAUGUUAUCAAUGUUUGCCGAUUAUUUCGGGAUCGGAGGCCUUUGGUGCAGGGUGCGUUGUGUAAGCGGAUUCGAUAUUCUGAGGCCGAGGAUAUCUCAUGGAUGCUUCUGGAGCAGCCUUAUAGGAACUGGUCGAGUUUACCUCCUGACGAGAAGAUGCCUCACAUGUGGAGGAGCCAGGAUGGUGGAUUGAGGGAAGCGAAAGUCGUUCCUGCUCCACAGAGGAUACCGGAAUGA